UUGCCGCUUCGCUAAAUCCCCAAAUGGCAUCAGUGCUUUGAAGGUAGUGUAGUCUAGGGUUAUGUUCCUCUGUGUCAGCGACCAGUGUUCUUUGAUUUAAGUGUUCCGGCCGAAGCCCGUCCUAAGAAGAAUUGACUGUUGAUGCCUUGGCAAGCCCUGUUUUAGGCCCCCCCUAGUUCACCCACAACUGCCCGUUAAAGUAACCACGGAUUUUACGGCUGUUUGGGCCCCAAAUGGGGGCUAAUAUUGAUGCAGUCCUUUGGGGGCUGCCACCGCCAUGGGAAACUGCCUCACCAGUUGUCUGCCUAACAACAGCGACAAUUUCAACGCGCUCUCGAAGUCGGGGAGCGAUUUAUCCGCCCUGGUUGAUGAGAUGGAUGACGCUGCUGCGGCCGACAAACGGUGUUUUAUCUCCAGGCUGUUCCACAGGAGGAAAGACAGAAAAGAGAAGGCCUCAACUGGUGUGGUCGCGAUGCUAAGGCCGCAACUGUCCUACCACAGGCUGUCCGAGUUGCCCAGAGCCUCCCUCCAGAGCAGAGACAUCCAGCUGCAGUUUCUGGACGCCAGGGCUUUGUUAAGCAGCGCCAGCCUCUCCACUAGAGCCUCCACACCGGAAAACUCUCUGGAGCUGGAAUGGGAGCACGAGACUCUGCCCUGCUCCAUCAUCCAUGAGGCAUCAGGCAGCUCUUGGGCAACUUCCAUAUUUCCCGAAGACACUCUGACGACUCAGGCCAAUCGCAGUCCGCUGCAUGCCGUCAAUGUGACCGAAUCGGACUAUUCCAGAGUGUCGUCAUCGGCUAACAGUCUGGAAUGGGACAGUGUUCAAAACUCCGUGCAUUCGGAGGUUUUGGACACUGACACCCAGUUCCUGCUGAACGAAAUAGAUAGGCUAACAAUGCAGGCGCUGAAGGAAACCGGAGCUAUUCAGGGCGACGUAAGUUAUCUGGACGAUGCGCUUUAAUCGAACGAUUUUCCCGUACUCACAAGACUGUAAAAGGAUGUUAUAGGUACUAAAACCAAAGGUAUUUUUUUUAAGAACCCAGUACCAUUUUGUAUGCUUUUACCUCACGCUGUGUUACAGUUUUAACCAGUCCACGAAUCGAUGUUCGUUAAUGUUGUAAAUACUACGUGAAUGUGAUUAUUUUAACGCAGUUAAACGCCUCAAUAUUGUUAAGUUUGCACCAUGUGAGUUACAUAUAUGAUAGAAGUAUAGCAAUAAUGGCCACCGGAGUUGUGUUGGGACCAAUUGGAUUGGGUUGCUCUCCUCUAAACGUUCGAACGCAUCAUAUCCCAGAUUUUCGUUAACCGGGCACAUAUCACGCACGUGAAAUGAAUGGAAUAAAAUAGCUUUUUCAAUCUUA